AUGGCGUUGGUGACCGUCCGCGUCAGGUGCAGUCCAAUGACCAAUAUAUACGCCGGUUUAGAGGAUGUGGUCCAUGCCGCCAUCUUUCUCGGCAGGAACCAGGUCGAUCUGGCUGUGGAACCAGAUGGAAUUGAUCGAGUCAGCCAACGCUUCACCAAUCUUAACGGACUGCGACUAUUGAGCAGCGACCCACUCUUUACCCCUGAGGGCAAUCGUUCUUACGCCCAAACAGCGUUCCUGGCACUGAAUGAGAUACGCCGGCGGUACUACGACGAAAGAAACAAUACCUUGCUGGACGGGGACCAGCCGCUUGCUGAUUGGUAUACAGAGGCAUUUAAACAUUUCGAUCAACUGAUCGUCCACUACCAAAAGCAAUGCUAG